UAUUGUUCCAACUGAGAUCAAAUUAAUGGCCGACAAAAGAUCAAUUGAUUUGUACCUCAAACUACUUCAGUCAGGCUAUGAAUUUAAGAGAGAUAUACGUUUAGUAGUUGUUGGGAAAAAAGGUGCUGGAAAGACAACAUUGAUAAGAAGAUUAUUUGGUGAAGACAUUACAGAUGUUACCAGUACAAAUGGAAUAGAAAUUCAUAAAAUUAAAUGCAAAGCAAUGUCUGAUGAUGGCAUAUGGAAUAAACAAGAAGAAAACUAUGAGGAUACUCAAACUCAAGCAAGACUUUUAAAACAGUACGUAGGAAAAAUUCAGGACAAAAAACCAAUUCAAAAACCGGUAGAGUCCCACAUAGCCAUUAAGGACAACACACCUGUCACAUCUGUUGAUGAAUUAAAGAAAUCAGAGACAGCAUCCAAGCUAAUAAUAAAACCUCCAGAAGCAGCUGAACCUCAGUCAGAACCUCAAAUAACUCCCCAACAGCCAUCUGAACAAGCAGCAAAGGAUUUCGAAACUAUGCUAUCCGCUAAGUCUAAAGUUGAUGUAAAUGACAAAGAGGAAUAUGCCACAUUUUUGUUGUGGGAUUUUGCAGGAGAUGAGGAAUUUUACCACACACAUCAAACCUUUCUGUCCCAAGAUGCAAUGUAUCUUGUUGUUACAAAACUCAAUGAAGCUGAUGAUCAUAAUGCACAAGCCUUAUUCAGACUAUGGAUUGACUCAAUACAUUGCUACAGUAGACUUGAAGAGAGAAAAAAUACAUCUGACAAGAAACCGUUGGGUGAUAAUGAUCCACCAGUAGUUAUUGUUGGCACAUGGAAAGAUGCUGUGACCUCGGAAACAGACACGAAAAAAAUUGAGAUCGCAUGCAGAGAAAACCUGUUAAAGUACACUAAUGAACUGGCUGAUGAUGAACGUGGUCAUGUGAGAUGUGAAUACUUCAUUUCCAAUAAGGACGAUGAGCGCAGUGUAUUCCAGCAGAUACGACAAAACAUUCUUAACUUAGCCAGAGGAAUGAGAACAUGGAACAUGAAAUAUCCGUUAAAAUUCAUUCAACUGGAACAACUACUUCAAGAAAAGAAAAAAGAAUUCCCAAUCAUUUCCUAUCGUGAAAUUAAGGCCAUUUCAAGUGAUACACUAAUGCCUUUAAGUGAGGAAGAACUGAUAUUUUUUCUGGAAUUUCACCAUGAACUCCGAUCUUUAGUUUAUUUCGGGGAUCUCCCAGAUGAUAUUAUUUUAGAUACACAAUGGCUGUCUGAUGCUUUUAAAUGUAUUGUUACAGCAGAGAAAUUCCAAGCUAGUACUAAGAAUCAAAGAAAGUGGAAUGAAUUUUAUAAUACAGGGAAAUUGAAUAAUGAGGUGUUAGAAGAUAUAUUUAAAAAAGAGUCAACGAUUUUGUACGAUCACAAAGAAUAUAUUCUGAAAGUAAUGGAGAAAUUUGAUAUCAUUAUACGUUCAAACAAAUCAGAGGGUGCCAAAAAAAUGCCUUACUACUAUGUACCUUGCAUGAUUAAAGCAGAACCUGAGAUUGAUAUUCAUGAAAUGUUUAAUGUGACAAAAGAUAUUGGUAAAAGAUCAACAUGGAUGUGUUUCAAAUUUAUAUUUCUACCUCCACAUCUUCAUAAUCAUUUGAUUGCUUCACUUAGCAGGAAAUAUAACAUUACAGAGAGGGUUGUCACUGGACAGAAGGAAAGACAAAUUGCUCUAUUUAAAAGCACUGCUGUCUUUGAAUUACAAGAUGCAACAAAAUAUAGAAAAUUACUUGUAAUGACAUAUCCAAAUAUUAUUCAGAUUCAGGUUUGGGAAUUUGGAGUAGACAUUAUAAAAGGCUUGUACAAAUACAUUGCCGACUUUGUGACAGAGGAAUUAAACACCAUUAUGCAUACAAGAUUCAAAAUGUCAAAUGUAAAAUUUGAGAAAACCUGGGAAUGUGGACUUACUGAGCCAAAGAAUGUGACAGGACCAAACAAAUUCAUGAAAGAGCCUAUAACAGCAUAUCAAUGUGAUAAAUGUCAAAUUAAACACUUGUUCCUUGACGAAUGGUCAAAUCAACACAAACAGGCAUUAACGGAACAAAUACAGUUUGACCCUAGUGCAGCAGAUACCAAAUCAGACUUCAGUAAUAUCUUAGAUCAAAUGAUGACACAGUUAGUGAUAUCAGUGGACGACAGACGAAGAAUUGAACAAAAUGAUGACCAGGAAAACACCAUGCUAGAUAUAGUAAUCAAAAGGGGAGAGCCCAAUAAAUCUGUUUGUAUUGAUAUUCUAAUGCAAAAUAGUGGGUACAAAGAUCUAGCACAAAAAUUGAAGUCUGAUUCAUCAAGCUCAGUGCCACCAUCCACUAAAACAGAACUACCAGAUGUUCCAGAUUAUAAAAUACGUCUACAGAAGAACUACUUAGCAAUAAUCAACACGUUAAAACACAACGACAAGUAGAUGUACAACAACAGUGAAAGUGAAAGUACAGAGAAAGUGAAAGUACAAAGAAAGUGAAAGUACAGAGAAAAGAUAGACACCUGUUUGUUAAGAAAAAGAACAAGUUGUUUAAAUGAUUUGUGUUUUAUUCAUCUCUACUUUCUUUCCAUACUUUAUUAUUGUAAUAACAGAAAUCCUUUGGGUUGAUAAGCGCCUUGGAAACCCUCACAGUUAAAUAGAGGUUGCAUGAUAAAUACUGAGACACAAGCACUUUAAUCAAGUUAUGUAUAGUGAGAUGUUUUAAAAAGAUGGAAUUUACUUAAAAAUGUAGAUAGUAAUGUCAAUGUUAUUAAACUAUUCAAAUAAACAGUGUAUAUCAACUGAAUAUUUGUGUGGAGUAAAAUUUAUGAGAA